AUGGCGCCCAGCCCAGUACAGUCAGCAAGUGUGAAAAAUAAUGUUUCAGUUCUCCUCGGGUCGGCGCUCUCGCAGCCGCUGCCGGCACCGGAGCUGCAGCUGGACCAGCCUUGCCCUUGUUCGGAACCCUGUCCCGGCGCCUGUCCGAGCUGUCCCAGCCCAUGUGACGGGGGCGCGAUCAACGUCGCCCCCUGCAACCCUUGCGGCCCGCAGGUCAACUACGGUUAUGGACAGUCUCAGCCAGGAAUAAUAACCGUGAAGCCAGGCCAGAUCCGCUUCCCACAGCAGCCGCCCAUGGUCGUGCGCCCGGGCCCCAUCUCGCUGCCGCUCCCCCAGCCCAUAUGGGUGAAGCCGCGGCCAGUCUAUCCCCCCGCCCCUGCACCUAUCACUAUCAGGCCUCCGCCGGUGCAGCCGCCGCAGCAGCCCCCGUUCACCGUGAGAGUGCCGCCGGUGAUGCCACCUGCGCUGCCACCGAUUUGGGUUAGACCGCAGCCCGUACCUGUACCUUGCCCUAGUCCUAUCAAGGUCAUCCCAAGCCCAGUUCAACCGCCACUACCGACACCAUUAGUCAUCGUUCCUCCAAGAGUCUUAGUAGCCAGUCCCCCCACCAUCGUCUUCCAACCUGACCCACCCCAGAUCUUCAGGACUAUAGGCUGCGCUGACGUGAGGUCACUACGGAAUCAGGGUCCAUGUCCGUCUCCGAGCCCUUGGUUCCCUUCAUCUAGCCCUUCACCCUGCCCUGAACCUUGGUUCCCUUCUCCUAGCCCUUCCCCCUGCCCCCUACCUAGCCCGUCCCCCUGCCCAUCACCUUGCCCCUGCAUGAACUAAGAUGACUACAGCAUUAACUAAAAACCGAGAAGAC